GAGCCACUUAAACAUCUAAUGGAGUACCUUGUGUUAAUUUGUUCAGGGUACAUUUUCGCAACUCCUCUCAAAUCUAUCGCAGGAGCUUCCUCGGUUCCACCCGGCCGACCGAGGCCCGUACAUCCCUAACCAAUGACGCAACCGCAUCUCCAGCUUCCACUCACCCCACAGCAUCCCAAACUCAUCUUUUCCUUUCCCUUCUUUCCCCUUACCGAUUCCCCCCCUAUCGCAUAUCCUCCUUGUCCCUCACCUCACUUUUCGUCCCUUCUGCCCUAGCACAAUGGCGAAACUCACAACCCCCUCCGAAAAUCUCUCGCUCCCCGGCGCAAAGCUCGCCAUAGCCGCAGCCGAAGCCAAAGCGGCAGAAAUCGGGGUCCCGAUGAACAUAGCCGUAGUCGACGCAUCCACCCAUCUCCUCCAUUUCAGCCGCAUGCCAGGCGCGAAGAUCACCAGCAUCUCCAUUGCGAUAGAUAAGGCUUUCACCGCAGCGGGCCAUCGGCAGGGUACGCAUUUGUACAAGGAGGCUGUUUGGCCGGGAGGAGCGGCUUAUGGAUUAGGAAACACGAACGGAGGGCGAUUCACGACAUUUGGGGGCGGAUUACCGAUUUUGAAUGCGAAGGGAGAGGUGGUUGGCGGGAUUGGAGCGAGCACAGGGACGCCGGUGCAGGAUCAGCAGGUUGUGCAGGCGGGUGUGGAUGCGUUGAACAAGGCUUUCAAGGGGGAGGGGAGUCUGAAGGCCAAGCUUUAGAUGUCGUGAUUCUUAUUUCACUGUACGAAAAGUCUUCGCUGAAAUCGUGGC